UCGGCGCAAAGUGAAGAAUUUCUUCGGCGGGCUACGUCGACGGUCUUCAAUACGUAGCAGACAGUGGAACCAGCAAGGUGUCCGCUCCGAGUAGUCGUCCCGAAGGCGUCUGUCUGUAUGCUGGCGUUCGUACGCUGAAGCGCAGAGGUGUGAGGUGAGCAGAAGGCGAAACCCGCGCGCACACACAUAUACGCUCGGCCACUUUGGCCUGGAUAUACGGGGUGUGGUGGAGCAAAAAAAAAGUCAGAAACUACAAACAUGUACAGGUUCCCUAAAUGUUGGACCCUGCUGCUGAUAGUCGUAGCUACCGUAACGGGAAUAUCCGCUGAGGAUGUACUUACCUGCCCAAAUGGUUGGAAACUGCGGGGGUUACACUGCUACAAGUACUUCAAUGUGAAACAUUCGUGGGAAAAGUCGGCCACGCUAUGUAAAAGGUACGGUUCCGAGCUGGUGACGGUGGAUUCGUACGAUGAGAACAACGCCACGUACAGCAUUGCGACCAGCAGCGAGUAUCGGACGCGAAACAAUGUCAAGUACUGGCUCGGGUUCGCGUCGCUGGACGAUCUGCGAACGAACACGCUCGAGUCCACCUCGGGCGAUCUGUUCUCGCAGUAUUCCGGCUUUUGGGCAAUCAACGAACCGAACCCGAUGGCGGGCGAGUGUGUGUCCGCGAAUCUGGGCCCGACCGAGCAGAGCUGGGAACUGCGUUCCUGCGAAACGCUGCUCCCGUUCAUGUGUAAGGCGCGAGCCUGUCCACAGCAAUCGUUCCACUGUUCGAACGGUGCGUGCAUCAAUCAGGCGUACAAGUGCGAUGGAAACGAUGACUGCGGGGAUGGCAGCGAUGAGCUGGACUGUAGUGCGAACUGUAACAUCUACAUGGCAUCGGGCGGUGAUGUGAUUGAAUCGCCCAACUUCCCACAAAAGUACACCUCGCUCAGGUCUUGCAAGUGGACACUGGAAGGUCCGCAGGGUAGCAACAUCAUACUGCAGUUCCAGGAGUUCGAUACGGAGAAAAACUUUGACACGGUGCAGAUACUGGUCGGCAGUCGGACGGAAGAUACGGCCGUGUCGCUUGCCACCCUUUCCGGGAAGAGUGAUGUCCCGAACCGGACGUUCAUCACGGCGUCCAACUUCAUGAUCAUCAAGUUCACGUCCGACGGCAGUGUGGAGAAGAAGGGCUUCCGGGCUACGUGGAAGACGGAACCGCAGACGUGCGGUGGUGUGUUGCAGGCUAGCAAGCAGGAACAGUACCUCAAGAGUCCCGGAUUCCCGCAGGCUUAUCCGGGAGGAAUCGAAUGUCUGUACGUGAUAAGCGCACGGAAGGGCUACACGGUGUCGCUCGAUGUGCAGGAGCUAGAUCUUAACGCGGACAGUGACUUCCUGCUGAUCCGUGAUGGGGAGAGCGCACACGAUAAGCCGAUCGCGAAGUUAACCGGCACGAUCGAAUCGAAACCGAGCCGUGUGAUCAUUUCCACCGGCAACAAGCUGUAUCUGUACUUUAGCACCUCGCUUGCGCAGCCGGCUAAAGGAUUCAGCAUACGCUACGUGGAGGGUUGUACUGCGGUGGUUAAUGCUGCGAACGGAACGGUAACUUCGCCCGCUUACAAUCUUUCGCCCUAUCCGAACAAUCAGGAGUGUUACUUCGUGAUCAAGAACCCGUCCGGCAAGCCACUGUCGAUGCGUUUCGUCGACUUUGAUGUGCAUCGGUCGGAUUUGGUGCAGGUGUUCGAUGGACCUUCUACGUCCGGUGUGCGGCUGCACGCUGGCAACGGGUUCACGGAUAGUAACGCGCCGAAGAUCACGCUGACGGCUUCCUCCGGCAAGAUGCUGCUGAAGUUCAUCACCGAUGCACUAUACAAUGGAAAGGGUUGGUCCGCGGAGUUUUCUGCUGACUGUCCCGAGCUCAAACCGGGCAUUGGCGCGAUCGCUAGCAGUCGCGAUACUGCGUUCGGUACAGUGAUCAACUUUACCUGCCCUGUUGGACAAGAGUUCGCGACGGGUAAGAACCGCAUUACGACCGUGUGUCAGAACGGUGGCAACUGGAGCAUCAGCUACAUUCCCGACUGUCAAGAGGUUUACUGUGGACCAGUGCCACAAAUCGACAACGGCUUCUCGUUCAAAACGUCCAACGUGACGUACCGAGGCAUUGCCACCUACCAGUGCUAUGCCGGGUUUGCUUUCGGGUCCGGUCUUGCCACGGAAACGAUUUCCUGUCUGGCUGACGGUACCUGGGAACGGCAGCCGGCUUGUAUGGCAUCGCAGUGCCCACCGCUGCCGGAGGUAGCCCACGCAAACGUGACGGUACUGAACGGCGGAGGCCGCAGCUACGGUACGAUCAUCAGCUACGAAUGCAUCCCCGGAUACGUGCGCACCGGCCGUCCCAUCUUGAUCUGCAUGUCCAACGGACAGUGGAGCAGUCCCGUGCCGAGCUGUUCCCGCAAACAGUGCUACAAAAUACCGGAAAUUCAGAACGGGUACGUGGUGGACAAGACGCGCGAGUACUACUACGGCGAUGAGGCACGCGUCCAGUGCUACAAGGGCUACCGUUUGAUUGGCUCGCACACUGUCAAGUGCAGUGAGCAGCAAGACUUCUCUAAUGUUCCGGUCUGUGAAGAUAUUGAUGAAUGUCAAACGUCACAGUGUGAUGCGUCAUCGACCGAGUGUAUGAAUGCGGCCGGCUCGUUCCAUUGCAAGUGUAAGACGGGUUACACCUCGUCCAUGGAAUGCCGACCGGUGGUCGAUCUGGGCCUCUCGAACGGUGGCAUAUCGGAUGACAGCGUAACGGUGUCAUCCACCGCAAGUGGCUACGAAAAAGGCAUGAUUCGCCUCAACUCGGUGGGCUGGUGCGGCAAUGGUAAGGAGCGUGGAUCGAACUGGGUGAUUAUCGACCUGAAAGCACCGACCAUUGUCCGCGGCUUCCGCACGAUGUCCGUGCAGCGGAUGGACGGUGCGUUGGCAUUCACCUCGGCGAUACGGCUCGAAUACUCGGACGACAUAUCGGAUGUGUUCAAGGACUACGCCAAUCCGGACGGUACGGCGGUCGAGUUCCGCAUACUGGAACCGACCCUCUCGAUACUGAACCUGCCGAUGCCGAUCGAAGCGCGGUACAUCAAGUUCAAGAUACAAGACUUUGUCGUUGCACCGUGCAUUAAGCUGGAGCUGAUGGGUUGCACCCGGUUGGACUGCUUGGACGUGAACGAGUGCGCCAAGGACAAUGGUGGCUGUAACCAGAAGUGCGUCAACUCGCCCGGCUCGUACAAGUGUGCCUGUAACUUUGGCUACGAACUGUUCCGUCAGAAUGGAACCGAAGGAUUCUUCAUCGAACGACACGAAACGGGCGAACUGGAUGGGGACGUGUACCAGCGCAACAAGACCUGCGUGCGCAAGAUGUGUCCUGCGCUGUCCGAUCCGGAAAAUGGCAAGCUGUUGAGCAGCGAGCUUCAGCAUCACUUCGGCGAUGUGGUCCGAUUCCACUGCAACUUUGGAUACGUGCUGUCGGGCAGCUCGUCGUUGGCGUGCAUGUCCAACGGUAACUGGAACGCCUCCAUGCCAAAGUGUUUGAGUGCCAAGUGUGUAUCGCUGCCGGACGACGAGAAGGAAGGAUUGUUCGUGAAGCGAGGCGAUCAGAACGAUAUUCUGGUUCCGUUCAACGAGAAUGUUACCCUGGAGUGUACCACAUCCGGCAAGCAGAUUGGCAAGACGGCCAUCUCCACCUUCCGACAGUGUGUGUUUGAUCCGCAGCCAGGCUAUCCGGACUAUUGGCUGUCCGGUGUGCUGCCAACCUGUUCCCGGGCGGACUGUGGCGUCCCGAUGCCGACGGCCGGUGCCGAGUAUGGGCAGUAUGCCGACACCAAGUACAUGAGCUCGUUCUUCUUCGGAUGUCAGAACACCUUCAAGCUGGCCGGUCAGACGACCAUGAACGAUAACGUGGUCCGCUGUCAGGCGAACGGCGUUUGGGACUUUGGUGAUCUUCGCUGCGAGGGACCGGUUUGUGUCGAUCCCGGUCGUCCGAACGAUGGAUUCCAGGUGGCAAACAGCUAUGAACAGAGUUCGGAAGUGUUGUUUGGAUGUUCGCGUGCUGGCUACAUUCUGAUCAAUCCACGGCCGAUCACGUGCGUGAAGCAACCGGAGUGCAAGACAAUCAAGCCGAUCGGUAUCUCCUCGGGACUCAUCCCGGACAGUGCGAUCAAUGCGACAUCCGAGCGACCGAACUACGAGGCGAAGAAUGUGCGCCUGAACUCCGUUACCGGUUGGUGCGGCAAGCAUGAAACGUUCACGUACGUGAGUGUGGACCUGGGCAAGGUUUACCGUGUGAAGGCUCUACUGGUGAAGGGAGUCGUAACGAACGAUAUCGUCGGCCGGCCGACCGAGAUCCGCUUCUUCUACAAACAGUCCGAGAAGGAGGACUACGUCGUGUACUUCCCGAACUUUAACCUGACGAAGCGCGAUCCGGGUAACUACGGUGAGUUGGCGAUGAUCACGCUGCCCAAGUACGUGCAGGCACGCUUCGUCAUUCUCGGCAUCGUGAGCUACAUGGACAACCCGUGCCUGAAGUUUGAGCUGAUGGGCUGUGAAGAACCCGCGGCUGAUCCACUGCUCGGCUACGACUACGGAUACUCGCCGUGCGUUGACAAUGAACCACCAAUCUUCCAGAACUGCCCACAGCAACCGAUUCUCGUCAAGCGUGGUCCGAAUGGCGAGGUUUUACCGCUCAACUUCACGGAACCGACGGCUCUCGAUAACUCGGGCUCGAUCGCACGGCUGGAGGUGAAACCGCCGCACUUCAAAACGACUGCCUACGUGCUGGAGAACACCGUGGUGAAGUACAUCGCGUACGAUUACGACGGCAACGUGGCGAUCUGUGAGAUCAACAUCACGGUGCCGGACAUUACGCCACCCCUGCUCGACUGUCCGCAGAGCUUCGUGAUCGAGCUCGGAGAGAAGCAGGCAAACUACUACGUCAACUUCAACGACACGAUCAAACGCGUCAAGACAUCGGACAGUUCCGGCGAUGUGCGGAUCGAGUACGUGCCCGAAUCGGCAUCGAUUCCGCUGGGUGGAUUCCGCAACGUGACCGUUGUGGCGUCGGACAAGUACAACAACAAGGCCACCUGUAACUUCCAGGUGUCGGUACAGCCGACGCAGUGUGUCGAUUGGGAUCUGCAAGCACCGGGCAACGGUGACAUCAAGUGUACUACGCAAGAGUCCGGUGGUGUCGAGUGUGAAGCUACCUGCAAUCCUGGCUUCCGAUUCACGGACGCCGACAAGAAGAAGGUGUUCAUGUGCAAGAAGGGACGCUUCUGGAAGCCAUCGUCCGUCGUGCCGGACUGUGUGUCGGAGAACACCCAGCGUGCGGAUUAUCAGGUGGUGGCCACCACAACGUACCGCGCGAAUGGAGUCGUUUCGGAGCAGUGUCUCCCCCAGUACCAGGAACAGACGGCGAAACACUUUGCCAGCCUGAGCAGUGUGCUCAGCCAGCGCUGUUCGGCCGUUUACGUCAACAUGAACGUUACCAUCCUGAAGUCGGUGCCGCGCCUGCUCGAGGAGAACGUGGUGCAGAUGGACUUCAUUCUGCUGAUCGACCCGGCCGUGAAGCAACCGCAGCUGUACGAUCUUUGCGGAUCCACGUUAAACCUGAUCUUCGAUCUGAGCGUACCGUACGCAAGCGCCGCCAUCGAACCACUGUCGAACGUGAAAUCGAUCGGCAACGAGUGUCCUCCGCUGCGUGCACUGAAGAGCGCCAUCUCGCGAGGAUUCACGUGCGGCGUUGGCGAGGUGUUGAACAUGGACACGAACGAUGUGCCGCGCUGUCUGCACUGUCCGGCGGGCACGUAUGCCGGCGAGAAUCAGAAGACUUGCUCGCCCUGCUCGAAGGGCUUCUAUCAGCACCGGGAACGGCAGGGUUCGUGUCUGAAGUGUCCGGUUGGAACGUACACCAAGGAGGACGGAUCGAAGGCGGUACAGGACUGUGUGCCGAUCUGUGGCUACGGAACGUACUCACCGACCGGAUUGGUACCGUGUUUGGAGUGUCCACGCAACUCGUUCUCGGCGACACCUCCGCUGGGUGGCUUCCGCGAUUGUCAGGCUUGCCCGAGCGGUACGUUCACCUAUCAACCGGCGGCUCAGAGUGAGACCGACUGUCGGCGCAAGUGUGCGGCCGGCACGUACUCGCACACUGGACUGGCACCGUGCUCACCCUGCCCGAAGAAUUACUACCAAAAGUCGGAGGGCGCCACUAGCUGCAGCGAGUGCCCUUCGGGACGUCGCACGGACACGGUUGGAUCGGUAACGGCCGACGAUUGUAAGCCGAUCACGUGCAACGAAAACUCCUGCCAGCACGGUGGACUUUGCGUGCCGCUCGGACACGAUAUCCACUGCUUCUGCCCGGCUGGAUUCUCGGGCACGCGGUGUGAGAUCGACAUCGAUGAGUGUGCCUCGCAGCCGUGUUACAACGGGGGUACGUGUAAGGACCUUCCGCAAGGAUACGAGUGUCGCUGUGCGCGUGGCUACUCGGGCAUUAACUGUCAGGAGGCGAAGAGCGAUUGCGAUGCGGAUCCGUGUCCUGCGCGUGCGAUGUGCAAGGAUGAACCGGGAUUCGGCAACUACACCUGCAUGUGCCGCAGUGGAUACACCGGCGAGAACUGCGACAUUACGAUCGAUCCGUGUACGGCUGGCGAAAACCCGUGCGGCAAUGGUGCGACCUGCAUUGCCCUGCAGCAGGGCCGAUUCCGGUGCGAGUGUACACCGGGCUGGGAGGGACAGCUGUGCAGCAUCAACACGGACGACUGUGCGGAGAAGCCGUGCCUGUUGGGUGCGAACUGUACGGACAUGGUGAACGAUUUCAGCUGCGCCUGUCCACCAGGAUUCACCGGCAAGCGGUGUCAGGAGAAGAUCAAUCUGUGCCUGUCGGAGCCGUGCAACCAUGGUAUGUGUGUCGAUCGGUACUUCUACCACGAGUGUGUCUGUAAUCCGGGCUGGGAGGGUGCCGGUUGCGACAUCAAUGUGGACGAGUGUGAGAGCAGCCCGUGCGAGAACGGAGGCGUCUGUACGGACAUGAUCAACGACUAUCAGUGUAGCUGUGCGGACGGGUACACGGGCAAGAACUGUCAGCAUACGGUGGACGACUGCGAGAGUGCGCCGUGCCAGAACGGUGGUACGUGUGUCGAUCGGUUGGAUGGCUUCUCGUGCCAAUGCCGGCCCGGAUUCGUUGGAGUGCAGUGCGAGACGGAUCGUAACGAGUGUUUGAGCGAUCCGUGCAAUCCGAUCGGUACGGAGAAAUGUAUGGACCGGGAGAACGCGUUCGAGUGCGUCUGUCGGCAGGGCUUCGACGGUAAGCUGUGCGACAACGACAUUGACGAUUGUGAGUAUGCGCCGUGCCAGAACGGAGGCACCUGCCUGGAUCGUGUCGGCGGAUUCGAAUGUCAGUGUCCGGCUGGAUGGACGGGUGAGCGUUGCAAUGUGCAGGUGACGGCUUGUGAUGUGGAGCGACCGUGCAAGAAUGAUGCAGAGUGUAUCGACCUGUUCGAGGACUUCUUCUGCGUGUGUCCCAGCGGCACGGACGGCAAGAAGUGUGAGACGGCGCCGGAUCGUUGUAUCGGGCAGCCGUGCAUGCAUGAGGGCCAGUGCAAGGACUACGGUUCCGGAUUGAACUGCUCCUGCUCGAUGGACUUCACCGGCGUCGGAUGUCAGUACGAGUUUGAUGCCUGUGAGGCGGGAACCUGCCAAAAUGGAGCUACCUGUGUGGAUCGGGGAAGCGGCUAUCAAUGCAUCUGUCCUCCGGGAUACACCGGAAAGAACUGCGAGCACGAUCAGGUGGACUGCAAGGACAACUCGUGCCCACCGGGAGCGGUUUGCAUCGAUCUGAACAACGACUUCUACUGCCAGUGUCCGUUCAACCUGACCGGAGACGAUUGUCGGAAAUCGGUCCAGAUUGAUUACGAUCUUUACUUCAGCGAUCCGUACCACUCGUCCGCUUCGCAGGUUGUUCCAUUCUACACGACCGCAUCGGACAGUCUCACGCUGGCGAUGUGGGUGCAGUUCGCCCAGAAGGACGAUACCGGCAUCUUCAUCACGCUCUACUCUGCCAACGCACCGAACGUGAUCACCAAGCGCAGGACGAUGCUGCAGGCCCACUCGAGCGGUGUGCAGGUAUCAUUCUUCGAGGACCUUCAGGAUGUGUUCCUACCGUUCAAGGAGUACAGCACGAUCAACGACGGCCAGUGGCAUCAUAUUGCCGUGGUUUGGAACGGCAAAACGGGACAGCUGAUGCUCAUCACGGAGGGCUUCAUUGCCAGCAAGGCUGAGUACGGCGUAAAUCGGGUCCUUCCCAAAUACUGCUGGCCCGUACUUGGAGCUCCACUGAUGGACGGUAAGGGCAAGGAAGCGUACAGCGAUCUGGGAUUCCAGGGUAAGCUGACCAAGGUGCAAAUCUGGAGCCGAGCGCUGGAUGUGACGAACGAGAUCCAGAAGCAGGUGCGCGACUGUCGCAGCGAGCCGGUACUGUACAAGAACCUGAUCCUCAACUGGGCCGGUUACGAGCAGACGCUCGGCGGUGUUCAGCGAUCAGUACCGUCGACCUGUGGCCAGAAGAAAUGUAAGCCGGGCUACGCCGGCGCAAACUGCCAACAGCUGCAGGUCGAUCGUGAACCACCGCAAGUCGAGUACUGCCCGUCGGAUCUGUGGGUGGUGGCCAAGAAUGGAUCAACCGCCGUCAGCUGGGAAGAGCCUCGCUUUACCGACAACAUCGGCAUCUCAAAGAUUGUCGAACGCAACGGACACCGGUCGGGUGAAACGCUGCUGUGGGGAAUUUACGACGUCAUGUAUCUGGCGUACGAUGCCGCCGGAAAUACUGCUUCGUGCGCGUUUAAGGUUACGAUCGUGGCUGAGUUCUGUCCGGCGCUGGCCGAUCCGCUCGGUGGUUCGCAAAGCUGCAAGGAUUGGGGCGCCGGUGGUCAGUUUAAGGUGUGCGAGAUUGCUUGCAAUCCGGGCAUGAAGUUCUCCCAGAUUGUGCCCCGCUUCUAUACCUGCGGCUCGGAAGGAUUCUGGCGCCCGACGGCACAUCCGAACGUGCCGCUCGUGUAUCCGUCCUGCUCGCCGACCAAACCCGCCCAGCGGCUUAUUCGCAUCCAGAUGCAGUUCCCGUCGGAUGUGCUGUGUAACGAGGCGGGACAGGGUGUGUUGCGGCAGCGCAUUAAGAACGCGAUCAACGCGCUGAACCGAGACUGGAACCUGUGCUCGUACUCGAUGGAAGGCUCGCGCGAAUGUCGCAACGUGGAGAUCGACGUGAGGUGCGACCGCAACCGACAUCCGAACAUUGUCAAGCGUCAGACGGUGCUGCAGAUCUCACCGAACCCGGAGAGCGCGUACGCGAUCAAUGCAACGAUUCCGAUCAAGAGUGAAAUCGUGAGCAACUCCAAUGGCCAGCGCUUGAAUACGUUGAACCUGCUCGAGAAGCUUAUCCUGGAGGACAACCAGUUCGCGGUGCAGGACAUCCUGCCAAACACGUUCGGCGAUGCGUCCUCGCUUAAUCUCGUCACGGAGUACGCCUGUCCGCAGGGUCAGGUCGUGUCCGAGCCGGACUGUGUGCCGUGUGCCGUCGGAACGUUCUACAACACAACCAGCAAGACCUGUCUGCCGUGUCCGGAAGGAUCGUACCAGCCCGAGAUUGGUCAGAUACAGUGCAAGAGCUGUCCGAAGAUUGCGGGACGUCCGGGCGUAACGGCCCUGAAUGGCGCCAGAUCAGCCGUCGAAUGUAAAGAACGAUGUGCUGCCGGUAAGUAUCUGGACACUGUUACCGGACUUUGCCAACCGUGCGGCUUCGGUUACUAUCAGCCGAACGAAGGUUCGUUCUCGUGCGAGAUUUGCGGCCUUGGACGGACGACCCGCACACCGGAAGCGACCAGCAAGAGCGAGUGUCGCGAUGAGUGUAGCUCCGGCAUGCAGCUCGGUCUGGAGGGUAAGUGUGAACCAUGUCCGCGGGGUACUUACCGCAAGCAGGGAGUGCACGCUUCCUGUCUCGCCUGUCCCAACGGACGCACGACGGCCAAACUUGGAUCUUCCAACGUGGAGGAAUGCUCGCUGCCGAUCUGCUCGCCCGGAACGUAUCUGAACGGCACGCUGAACGUGUGCGUCGAAUGUCGCAAGGGUUUCUACCAGUCGGAGUACCAGCAGACGUCUUGUAUCCCGUGUCCACCGAACCACACCACUCGAAGCACCGCUGCGAACAACAAAAACGAAUGUAUUAACCCGUGCGAGGAUGUGUCGGAUGGAUCGCCAAGGUGUGACCCGAACGCGUUCUGCAUACUGAUCCCGGAAACGUCCGACUUCAAGUGUGAAUGUAAACCAGGCUUCAACGGUACCGGAAUGGAAUGUUCGGACAUGUGCAAUGGUUUCUGUGAAAACUCUGGUCAUUGUGUGAAGGACGCCAAGGGUCUACCGUCGUGCCGCUGCAAGGGAUCGUUUACGGGCACCAAGUGUACGGAGCGGUCCGAGUUUGCUUACAUUGCCGGUGGCGUUGCAGCUACCGUCAUCUUCAUAAUACUCAUCGUACUACUGAUCUGGAUGAUUUGUGCGCGAGCCAAUCGCAAACGAGAUCCGAAGAAGAUCAUCUCACCAGCUGCGGACCAGACCGGUUCGCAGGUUAACUUCUACUACGGAGCGCACACGCCAUAUGCCGAAAGUAUUGCUCCAUCGCAUCACAGCACGUACGCGCACUACUACGACGACGAGGAGGACGGUUGGGAGAUGCCCAACUUCUACAAUGAAACGUAUCUUAAAGAUGAUCAAUUCAUCGGUGUUCAAGGUGCCAACGGAAAGCUUAAUUCGUUGGCUCGAUCCAAUGCAUCGUUGUACGGUACGAAGGACGAUCUGUACGAUCGGCUAAAACGUCACGCUUAUACCGGUAAAAAAGACAAAAGUGACACGGACAGUGAGGAGCAUUAAGUAGGCAUCGUUGUUUAAUUUAAGUUAACUAGCUCAUAUUAAAAUCCCUUCGAAAUACUCUUGUAUAGAACAAAAACACACACCCACACGUAUUACACGUAUUAAGUAGAACAAGACGCAUGUGAAUGAAUCGACAAGAAGGAGAAGAAGAAGAAGAAGAAGAAGAAGAUAGAAGCAAAAGAGAGAUAGGGAGCGAAAAAAACAGAGAACCACAAUCAAUGCGGGAACACAACCUUUUCAUUUGAAAUAAAUUGUAUGUUUUAAAUUACGACUUUUAA